AUGUUCGUACUCCUUGCACUGCUUGCUGAGCUUGGAGGGCUGCACGCCCUCCAGGAUUCUGAGGGAAUGUUCCUGUAUGUCACAGUUCCACAGAAGAUGAGGUCGAAUGAGAGUGAAGAUUCAGAGAAGCAGGUGACUUAUAUCAUUACAAUUGAUAAGAAACCAUACACUCUGCAUCUCAGAAAACACUCAUUCAUAUCCCAGAACUUUCUGGUUUAUACAUAUAACAAAAUUGGAUCUUUGCAUUCUGAGUCUUCAUAUUUUAAGAUGCAUUGCCAUUACCAAGGAUACGUUGCAGAUUUUCCAAAUUCAGUCGUGACACUCAGCAUCUGUUCUGGACUUAGGGGAUUUCUUCAGUUUGAAAAUAUCAGCUAUGGAAUUGAGCCAUUGGAAUCUUCAGCAAGAUUCGAGCACAUAAUUUAUCAAGUGAAAAAUGACAAUCCAGAUAUGCCAAUGUUAGCAGAAAAUUACAGCAAUAUUUGGCAGAAAGACCAGCCCUAUAAAAUCCAUUUAAACUCACAGGUAACUGAGACAAUUCGGAUGUUAUGA